CUUCCACCUAGAUUUUUAUAGAGCAUACAAACUGUGCUAGUUGAAUGGAUUUCUGGGUCCUUUAGCUAUGAAACAUGACAUGAGGAAGUUACAAUUAGAGGAAGUUUGCAGGUGAUGAAUCCUCUUCCUUCUACGGAGGGUUGCGUGAGAAACGCACUAGAAAAGUAAACUCCAAAGCACUUGCUUGAGUGCGUGCCCACCUCCCCUGAUCCACCUUUCAUGCACUUUCCCUCACUUUUCCGCAAAGGAAAAUAUUUUGAAUCCAAAAUCCAACAAAUCAGUUAAUACUAGAAGACUUGAAUUCCCAUAGACCAAACAAAACAAUCCUCUCCGACUCUCUCAAUUCACUUUCACAAAGCCAAAAGAUGGCAUCAAACAACAAAUCCAAAAAGCCACACAUCUCCUCUCACAGCAGCCUAUGUACCACUCUCUUCUUUAUUGUUCUCUUCUCCAUUCCAGCUCUGGUCCUCCUCCGCACUCCCACGGCCUCCCUCUGCAGCACUCUUGCAGCCAAACACGUCAAGCCAUGGUCCGGGGAUCUUCGCAAUGCUUUGUUUGCUUGGAACCGCCUUCCUUUUUCCCAAACCCCUCCAAUCAAGCUCAAGAUCGCUGUUUUCACCCGGAAAUGGCCAGUUGGCACCGUCCCUGGCGGCAUGGAACGCCAUGCCUACACUCUACACACCGCCCUUGCCCGCCGUGGCCAUCAAGUUCACAUCUUCACCUCUCCUAUGGACCAAAUUCAAACCUUAUCAGAUCAAGAGUCGCAGAACCUCCCACGCAUUCACUGCCAUGAAGGGGAGCCUGGAAGGUGGAGAUACAACAAGGCAUGGGAACAAUUCAACGAAGAGAACCAACGUGAAGCAUUUGAUAUAAUUCACUCGGAAAGUGUAGCACUUCCUCAUUGGCUCGCCAGUAAUGUUCCAAACCUUGCUGUGUCUUGGCAUGGAAUCGCUCUUGAGAGCUUACAAUCUGAUAUCUUCCAAGACUUGACCAGAAAACCUGAGGAGCCAAUCUCCCCUGCUUUCAACCAGAGCCUUCAAGGUGUCGUCCCGAAGGUGUUGAAUGAGAUAAGAUUCUUCAAGAACUACGCACACCAUGUAGCUAUAAGCGAUAGUUGUGGAGAGAUGUUGAGGGACUUUUAUCAAAUACCUGACAGGCGAGUUCAUGUGAUCCUCAAUGGAAUCGACGAUGAUAGUUUUGGUGAAGAUAGAGAAUUGGGUCUUGAUUUCAGGUCCAAAAUAGGUGUUCCAGAGAAUGCAAGUUUGGUUCUUGGUGUGGCUGGGAGAUUGGUGAAGGACAAAGGCCAUCCUCUGUUAUAUGAAGCUUUUUCAAUGCUCAUAUCGAAGCACCCAAAUGUUUACUUGGUCGUCGCGGGUUCAGGGCCGUGGCAGAGCAGAUACACUGAUCUGGGUCCUCAAGUUCUGGUUUUGGGGUCAAUGAGUCCAACGAAAUUGAGGGCAUUCUACAACUCAAUUGACAUAUUUGUGAAUCCAACACUUAGGCCACAGGGGCUCGAUCUCACUCUAAUGGAGGCAAUGAUGAGUGGGAAGCCAUUGAUGGCAUCAAGGUUUCCAAGUAUAAAAGGUACAAUUGUGGUUGAUGAUGAGCUUGGUUUCAUGUUUUCUCCAAAUGUCGAGUCAUUGUUGGAAGCACUGGAGAUGGUGGUGAGUGAAGGUUCAAAGAGGUUGGCACAGAGAGGCAAGGCUUGCAGGGAAUAUGCAGCUUCCAUGUUCACUGCUCAAAAGAUGGCUUUGGCAUAUGAGAGACUGUUUCUUUGCAUAAAAAAUGAGACAUUUUGUACCUAUCCUUGAUUAAUUAGGCUAACAUUUCACAACAUUUUCUUUAGAUCAAAAUUCGGCCAUUUUAGCUGUUGUAGAUUCUACAAAAUCAAGAAAUAAGAUAAAAGUUCGGUAUUGU